UAUGUUUGAUUCUUCCAUUAAAACUUUAAAAUAACUAUCUGUUUAUGGUCUUCGAUUACAGAUGAAACAAAUCUAUUUGUUUCAGAAAUAGGAAACCAAGUCUGAGUGCCCAGAAAUAGGAAAUCAAAUCUAACAAACAUAAACGCAAUGGAUGAAAAUAAGGAUUCUAGUUUACUGGUCAUUGUGCUAGACACAAACCCUUCUCAAAGGAUAAUCCGCGAAAAACCACAUAAUCUCACCCAGUGCCUCGAUUCAAUCGUGGCGUUCGCAAAUGCCCACCUUAUGCAAAAGGCUCAGAACAAGCUGGCAGUUCUGGCGUGCCACCACCAUGCAACGCAAUUUCUGUAUCCCACACCUGGCAAACCGCUGGAUAUCAGGCAAGUUGAUGGACAGUACGAAGUGUUCACGUUGGUGGAGAAAACCAUCAAACAGAAGCUGGCGUACAUGAUCAACAAUUCACCACCACUAACGACACCGUCGGAAUCGCUGCUAGCCGGCAGUAUGUCGAUGGCUCUCUGUUACAUUGCGAGAAUAAACCGCAACAAGACUCCUGGAUCGAAGAUCAACUCCCGCGUACUAGUCGUGACGGGAAGCAACGAAUGUGCCUCACAAUACAUGACCUACAUGAAUGUGUUUUUCACUGCCCAAAAACAGGGUGUCGUAAUCGAUGUGUGUGCGUUAGACAAAGCGCUCAGUUUGCUCCAGCAGGGUUGUGAUAUUACCGGUGGACAGUAUCUUCGAUUGGAGCAGCUGGAAGGCUUUCUACAGUAUCUCUUGUGGGUAUUCCUGCCUGAUCCGCAGAUGCGCUGCAAACUGGUCCUGCCGCCUCCAGUGAAGGUUGACUAUCGCGCCGCUUGCUUCUGCCAUCGUGAGCUGAUCGAUAUCGGUUAUGUUUGUUCCGUAUGCCUAUCUAUUUUCUGCAAAUUCAGUCCUAUUUGCACCACCUGCCAUACGGUCUUCAAAGCACCCGCGCCCAUAGCUGCCAAACCGAAGAAGAAAAAACUCAAAGCGUAAAGGGCAACGCACAAACGAGUUCGUUUUUAGCCCGGCUCAUGUUACUACAGAGUCGGCAAGUUGUACUACAAAUCAACGAAUAUAUCAUUUA